GUUUGGUGAAGUAGUGGAAGAGCAUCUUAAGGGAAUGGAGCAGUGGAUAGGAGGUUUGGCUGUUGUGACCGGAGCCAGUUCGGGAAUUGGAGCUGCUGUUACCUCGAAGUUGGUUAAAUCUGGAGUAAUUGUGGUAGGUUUGGCAAGACGAAUUGAAGCUUUGGAGGAACUCGAGGCGAGUUUAACUCACGAAAAGGGUACCUUCCAUCCGAAACAGUGCGAUAUUAGCAACGACGAUGAGAUUUUUGCCGUUUUUGAGUGGAUUGAGGAGUCUCUAGGGCCCGUGUCUAUUAUAAUCAACGCAGCAGGUGUAUUAAAACCAGCAACUUUGAUAGAGGGCUCAACCGAUGUAUGGAAGGAGACAUUCGAUGUUAAUAUUUUAGGAUUAUGUGUUUGCACAAGGGAAGCUUUAAAAUCGAUGAAGGCGCAUGAAAUCGCUGGACACAUUGUCCACGUUAACUGCUUGGUAGGACACGUGUUGCCCGAAUUGCCGCUACCAGAACCACUUCUUAAUGUGUAUCCCGCAACGAAGCACGCAGUCCGUGCGUUAACUGAAACUUUGAGAAAGGAACUGAGGGGGAGCAACUCAAAGAUUAAAGUCUCGAGCGUAAGUCCUAGCUACACUAUUUCGGAUAUGUACAACGAAUUCCCAGAGAAUGCGGCUGAGGCGUUGUCAGAAACACCACGGUUGACCGCAGACGAUGUGGCAAACGCGAUUAUAUACGUUUUGGCGACUCCGCCAGGAGUUCAGAUUCAGGAUUUGAUAAUUCGCGCAAUUGGUGAUGCCUUGUAGUGUCCAUGCCUAUCACAUGUUAGAUAGCUUACUUACAGUAGUUAGAUGUAGUGUCACAUACUAAAACUAAGAAGGAAAGUUAUCCAAAAUUCUGUUAGCUGAUGUUUUGUAAUGAAAUAUGUUAA